UUUCUGGCUGCCGCUGGUGGAGGUUUGUGAUGCGAGGGUGAGACAAGAGCUACAGCCGGAAAAUAUUUAGCUUGACACAGAAGAAUGGACUUUGUCGGGGACAAACAGACGGACCCACGCGAAGAAGCAGGCAUGCGACCUAAGACGGGCCUGGACGUCAUUGUUGGGCAACAACUUUAGCAAGCUAGCUAUCAUUAGCUCGGUGAAAUACAUGCAAAUGAAUUGGCUCGGUGUCGUGCAGUAAGCUGACUUUGCUAGCGUAAUGGAGGCACCCUGAGUGACUUGUUCGUUUCAAUUGACUGUGCUGGUGCUCUUAAACAAUGUUGGAAAUGUGCUGACGACCUGGAUGUCACUCAUCGGUUCACACUUGAAGCAUAGGACACGAUUGGUAGAAAUAAGUUAGUGGUGUUAGCCUGUCUGGUUGGUAGUUUAAAAGUUGCCUGGUUUGGCAAACAAAUUUUGCUAUAUUAACUUCUCUAUACAUAGAUUUCACACAUUCCUCAUAGUGAUAUUGUGUUAAAUUGCACUUUAACUAUCUAAUUUUAAGGAUGAUACAAGGCCAACUAUGAUUUAAGGUUUGGAAAAUAUUAUUUGAACUACCCCCACGACACCAACCCAGUCAAAUACAGUUGGUGAUUGCACUUAAGUAUAAAUAAAUCUGUAAGAGCCAGAAUAGGUGUCUGUUUACUUAAUUGUUGCCAGAAUUAGGCUGAGACAGACUAACCAGUAUCAUUUGGAUCCUAGUUACUGUUUAACUUCAUAUUAAGGCUGUCUGGCACAGUUAAAGAUAGAGUUUCACUGGAAAUGAAAACAUGAAUAUCGAUGAGCAGUGUCUAGAUUUGUGCAAUGUCAAGACAAAAAGCAAUGUGGAUGACGAUCGUAACACUACCAACAGCACAGAAGGGGUCACACCCCGGAUAUCUGAACUGAUGACGGACAGUAGCACAGAAAUACAAAACAUUGUUCCCACAGAGGCCUCUGAAACAUACCUGAUGCCUCAGCUCACUGACAACCUUCAGGCAGGAGAGGAGGAUAACCACCAGGCUCAAGAUGCACUGGAAAUUGAUGAGGUUAAUGGAAAUACAAAGGGUUGUGACAAAGACGCCCCUACUGUAGUGAAUCCCCCUGACUUGAUCAUUUCAAAUGAUGAGCAUCUUAAGGACAAUAUUGAGGUGGAAACCAUUCAGGAAGAUAAGGACGCUGGCCGUGCUGGGUUUGUUGCAGAGGAAGGGGAUGAUGGUGGGGACAUGGACAUAGGUGUGGAUCUCAGCCUUGAUGAGAGUGGGGUACUGGAGGCUGAAUCAACAAACACAUCAUUCUCAGACAACACUUCAGACUCAGAGUCAAAGUCUCAGGACGUCCCAGCUGGCAGCACGGCAGAGAGCCCGUCAGAUGUGAAUGAGAUUUGCACAGACACUGCCCCCACAGACCAGGCUGGACUGUACCCCAGGGUGGAGGAAGGGGACGAUAAACACAAACAAAGUGGCAAAAGGGUGACGUUUCCCUCGGAUAAAGAUAUAGUUUCUGGAUCAGUCGAGCCCAAGGACCCAUGGAGGCAUGCUCAGAAUGUGACUGUGGAGGAGAUCCUCUCUUCCUACAAACAGGCCUGUCAGAAACUCAACUGUAAACCCAUACCCAAAGUGCUCAAACAGAUACAGGAACUGAAAGACCUGACACAGCGAAAUGAAUGCUUAGAUCUAAAAGGUGAGAAGCUUGACUACAAAGCAUGUGAGUCUCUGGAGGAGAUUUUGAAGAGGGUCCAGUUUAAAGUGAUAGACCUGGAGCAGACCAACCUGGAUGAAGAUGGAGCAUCAGCCUUGUUCGACAUGAUCGAGUAUUACGAGUCAGCCACACAUCUUAAUAUCUCAUUCAACAAGCACAUCGGCACACGGGGAUGGCAGGCUGCAGCUCACAUGAUGAGAAAGACAAGCUCUCUGCAGUACCUCGACGCACGAAACACUCCCCUCCUGGAUCACUCAGCUCCCUUUGUUGCACGAGCGCUCAGGAUCAGCGGCAGCCUGGCAGUCCUCCACCUGGAGAAUGCUGGCUUGUCUGGCAGACCGCUCAUGUUACUGGCUACGGCUCUGAAGAUGAACAUGAACCUGCGGGAGUUGUACCUGGCAGACAACAAGCUCAAUGGUCUGCAGGACUCUGCUCAACUUGGAAACUUGCUCAAGUUUAAUUACAACAUUCAGAUCCUGGACCUGCGCAACAACCACAUCCUAGACUCAGGUCUGGCCUAUGUGUGUGAAGGACUGAAAGAGCAGAGGAAAGGCCUCGUCACUUUGGUGCUAUGGAACAACCAGCUCACACACAACGGCAUGGGAUACCUAGCCGCUGCACUGCCAUGCACCCAGAGCCUGGAGACUCUGAACCUUGGCCAUAACUCUGUGGGUAACGAAGGCGUCCACAAGCUGAAAGACGGGCUGAUUGCUAACCGCUCUGUGCUCAGACUGGGCCUCGCCUCCACCAAACUGUCCUGCGAAGGUGCUGUGGCUGUAGCUGAAUUCAUUGCUGAGAGCCCCCGACUUCUUCGUCUUGACCUUCGAGAGAACGAGAUCAAGACAGGUGGACUGAUGGCUCUGUCGCUUGCCCUGAAGGUCAACACCUCUCUGCUGCGGUUGGACCUCGACCGGGAGCCCAAGAAAGAAACUGUGAAGAGCUUCAUCGAGACUCAGCGCGCCCUAUUGACCGAAAUACAGAACGGCUGCAAGAGGAACUUCAUCUAUGCUAAAGAGAAGGAAGAGACAGAGCAGAAGAUGAGGCAGUCUGCAUCCAUGGCUGAAAUCGCGACAGAGGACGGGAUCAGAGAAGAAGAGGAGGAGCAGGCAGGGGGGGAUAAAGGAGAGACAAAAGAGAAGGGGGGAGGAGAAGGUGAAACACCAGGAAAUGAAGGGCAGACGAGCAGCCAAUCAGGAGAGAGCUCUGACUCGAGUGUUCCUCAAAUGGUCCCUGAGUCAGAUUCAGACACGGAGGAUGAGGAGGAGGUAGUAACAAAGUCCUCUUCCUCAUCAAACUCCUCCGCUAACUUGAGCCAGACUGCGCCUGAAACCCAGACUGCAGCUGCUCAGCCUCUCCUCAGUGCCUCAAAUAUGCCCCCACCCUCGUCCCCAUCACCCACCGGGGGGCCGAAUGUCAUUUCUGGUAUCACUGUCACAGAAUCUGCUGCUCCGCCUGGUACUCCUCCAUCCCCUGGUCGCUGUAUAUCUGUCUCAAGUCCAGGAAGGGGACAUAAAAUCUUCAUGGUGACUCGGGUAGAGAGCCCACCUGAGCAGCAGCAGCUUCUAAAUGCUGCACCUAAAGACGCCUCUAAGACUGCUGCAGACGUGAGCACAAAGCCGACACAGCCACCACCCUCAUCCCAAACACAACUGACACAGAAGGACGCAAAGGACAGCUCAUCUGCUCCGCCAUCAGACUGUAAACUGAGUGAGCAAAGUCCUGUAGCACAGUUAGAGUCUGCACCAAACACCACACAGAUAAACACAGCAGAGCCCCAGCCUACCAGCCCACCUGCGGAGGAGGAAGCAGCCAGCACUUCACACCCAGAGGUGACAGAUCCAAGUCCAGCCCUGCCUUCAAACUCCCCGUCUGUGCAGCUCACAGAUGAGGCACCAGUAAGCACUAAAAGCCCCCAGCCUGAGCCCACUUGUGUAGAAGAAAAGAAGCAAGGAGAGGAGAAAGAGGAGGUAGCAGAUGAAAGACCGGUGACGUCUUCUGAAAGCACAGAAGAAAGUAUACAGAUAGUUCAACUCAACACUAGUACCCCUGCAGCUGAAACACAGCAGCCGCUGUUAGCAUCUGCUCUUGAACAGCUGCAGAAUGAGUUAGCAUGUGCAUCAGAAGAGACCCAGUCACUGAACCAAACAGUAGAAGAAACAGAGUCAUUUUCACUGCAGGAGAAGCAGGAAGAACCAGACAACCUGUCGGAAAGUAAAAAACCAAGUUUGACAGAGGAAGAAUGCAGCCAGCAAAGCCAAGAGGAGCUGAGUCCAAAGCAGCAAACAGAAGCAGAGUCACAGGAAGCACAGCCGGCUCCAUCUGUCCCCACUGAUCAAGAAGAACCGUCUGUCACUCAAGUUGGAGUUCAGGAGUCAAAUCCUCAGGCAGGGGAGGCCUUAAAGAAUCCUGAACCAGCCCUACCUGUGUCUGCCUCCCCUGUCAAAGUGGAGGAUUCACCAGAUGAGAGCUCAGAAGAUGAGGUCGAGUGUUUUUCUGAGGCUCAGCAGGAGGAGGUGGUCGGCUCAGCUCUGCCCAAUGGCCUGAAGCCCGAGUUCUCCCUUCAUCUUCUUGACGCUGAAAGCCCCAAACCCGGCAGCUGUGUGAUGGAGCACGUGAGCGUCAGCUGUGGACAGGACCUGGAGGAGCUGCUGCUAGAAGCCAGUUUGGAGACAGGGAGGGACGCACCUUGAGGAGUAAGGGACUGUGAUGACAGGAGAAAACAGCACUUGGAUGAUUUGUCUGGCUCUGCUACAUGACCGGUUGCCCUCAAAUGUUUUCAUCGUUUCUUUGACUUUUACCACCAACACAAACUUCCUGUAGAGGACAGAAGAGGUGGUUACAGUCAAAGCUCGAUACACAAAUAUACAAACAGAUUAUGGGAAGACACAAAGGAGAACUUCAGGAUACCAGCUGUGAUGAAUAAGGAAUCCUCUGCACCAACACUACAACAACCACUUCCACACAUACAAACGCACACUGAGCACGAGGAAGAGGGAAAAUAAGAAAUAAAAUCACCGUUAUCACUACAUUUUGUCAUCUGCAGUCUUUGCAAAGUGAGAGAGGAAUGGGGGACAAAACACUAACCAAAGACAGACCUUUCUCACUGCUCUCUCUCCUGUGUAGAUGUCCACUGUAGUUUGGGAAAUAACUAGCAUCUAAGGUUUUUAUCAUAACACACAAACAAAGACAAAACAGUGAUUGUAAAAAAGGGGGGAAGACAGUACAAUCACAAAAUACAAUAACGGUGAUGGACUGCUGUGCUGACCUGCUGGCUUUAAACACUUCUAGAGGUGGAUGUAGGUCACCGUCAGAGGCUUUUAUAUCCAAGGAAGCUGAAGAUGUUAAUGUGUCUGUUUAAAUGUCGAUGUUUCAUGUCUGUGUUCCCCACUUUCCCCGCUUCAGGAAGAAUGGACCUCUGCCAAAGUGACCUCCCUCUUACAUGUCGUCUCACCCUCCGCUCACUUUGGCCCCUCAGGAACCAGAACCCUCUAGACUCGUCUGAUCUGACAUGGAGGAGGUUUUUAAAAGUCGCAGUGCUUUGCUCCUCAGCUGAAAAAUCCUGACUGUUGGAGAACAAGAUGUAUACGUUAGUUUGACUUAUCUACAGUUAAAGAAAUAUACAUUUUAUCCCAUGAUUUUUCUGCAACUUCAGACACUAUUACUCUUUUUUUUUCAUGUUUAAGAAAAGCAGCUCUGUCAUCACCUCCCUCUCCUGUCACUUAGUUUUCCACAUCUCACCCUCUCCGCUCCAUCUCGUCAUUCAUGUUGCCUUCAAACACCUCGCUUUAGGUUCUGUUUUUUGUUCGUCUGGCUGCUUUGAGAAAUCAGUUUUGUAUUUAUUUCAUAGCUACAUGAGCCUUCUCUCAUUUCUUUCCCCCUUUUUUCCUAGUUUUAUCUCUUCAUUUCCAUUCUGGGGCUGCUUCUAAAGAUUAGCUCCUUUUUUGAUGUAUAUUUCAGAUUCAAUCUAGAGAAAUAUUUAGUUUUUUUUCCUCCGAGGGGGGUAAAUCUGCUGGAAGGAAGGGUUAAUGAGAUGCAGUGGUUGAUUAAGGUGGUGUCAGUCAAGAUGAAGAAAUAGAAGCAGCAAACUUUCCAUCCAAGUCCUCGAUGUUUGAACACUACUCUGCUGCCACAAGGGGGCGCUGGUGGCUGUGUUGAGAACCUUGACUAACACGCUGCCAGAGCAAGUCUGAUAAAACCAUGUCCUGUCCUGAGUUUUCCAAAGUGAGACUUGAGCUAAAAUGUGAGCUUCAUGUGUGUUCAGGAAGGCUGCUGAUCCUGGUUUUAAAUUUUCCUCUGAGGCAGACAAAGACAGGUUUGUUUGUUUCUCAUUUCUUCUGAAAAAGCUGCACCGUUUGACCCUCCUGCCCCUCUCUACCUGACGGAUAGUUUGCCCAAACUGUUUGUUAUGCUUUAAUUUUUAGAAAUUUUUAAUGAUAAUUUGUUAACUUAAUUGAAAUGUGCUGGUAAUCACAAAGAUAUGUAUGGCAAAAUUUGUUCCUCUCAAAUAAAUGCAUGUAAUGACUAAUGACGUGUGAUUCAUGUUUCAGUUUAAAGGCCCGGCUUUAU